AUGACGACGCCGAGUCAAAUGGAGGAACCAGUUCUGGUCAAUGCUCCACCCCCAUACGCAGGAUUAAACCAUGAUGAUAAAUUGCCAACUGUUAUGACUUAUGCAACUUCUGAUCCUAGUGGAGGUGCUGGUAUAGAAGCCGAUUUGAAAACGAUAACGGCGCACAAAUGUUACGGCUUGACAUGUAUUGUGGCCAUCACGGCCCAAACUCCCGUGGGAGUGUCUAAAAUCGUCAAGAGUCCUAAAGACCUUGUAGAGGCCAUUUUGGAUGGCAAUCUGAGAGACAUGAGAGUCGACGUGAUUAAAACCGGUAUGUUGACUAGAGACGCCACUCAUGUUUUGCGCGAUAGGCUGUCGAAGUUGGAAGAGUCAGCCAGACCUCAACUGGUGGUUGACCCAGUUUUGGUCGCUACUUCUGGCGCAAUGCUUGCGGAAGACGACGAAGUAAUCAAGGAUAUUUGCCGUUUGACCCAUCUUUCGACGCUAGUUACUCCGAACGUGUACGAAAGUAUGCAAAUUGUCGGCAAGGAAACGGCUUUGAACAGCGUUCAAGACAUGAUUGCGCUCGCGAAAAAGGUCCAGGAAGUUACGAAAAGCAAGAAUGUGUUAUUGAAAGGCGGUCACUGUCCUUGGACCGCUGCUUCUGGACGGAAAUACGUUACAGAUGUUCUUGUGUCUGGUAGCGGAACUCACACUAUCUACGAGAGCAAGUUUUGCCCUUCGAAAAGCACCCAUGGAACCGGAUGCACGCUGGCGUCGGCCAUUAGCAGUAACUUAGCGCAUGGUGAGAGCCUCGAGCACGCUGUCUACGGUGCUAUCCAAUAUGUUCACAAUGCCAUCGGUAUCGGGUGCAAUGUGACCAAGAGCCAUGUCACAGAGAAUGGACCUAUCAAUCAUGUUUACGGCAUUGAAAAGCCACUAGAUGAAAUGGUGAACGAUGUAUGUUACUCUGCUCACGCACUUAACUCUGCUGCCGCCGGCACCAAAGCUGUGAACAGCAAUUUGAAAGCUCAAAUCCGGGACAGCGGCUCUUUCUUUGAAUUCUUGAUCAGCGAUCCUCGUGUCAAGCCCCAUUGGGAAUCCUAUAUCAACCACGACUUCGUCAGACAGAUCGCGGACGGUACGCUGCCCAGAUACAAGUUCCGGUUCUUUUUGGAGCAAGACUACGCAUACCUCGAGAACUAUGCCCAGAUCCACUGUAUAUCUGCAAGCAAGGCGCCCACGGCCGAGGACGUCGACAAAUCUGUCACAAUUAUUGGCAAAAUCAAGACCGAAAUGGAAAAACACCGCGAAAAGGUAUCAGGUUACUUUGGUAUUAAAGACAUGAAGCAUUUUGAUCAGAUCCGCAAAAGCGACGCCCUCAAAAACUAUGCCCGUUUCUUCUUGGACGUGGCUAAUCGCGGCUCGUGGGAAGAUCUAUGCGUAGCUCUCUCGCCUUGUUUGAUGGGAUACGGCUACGCCCUCAUCAACCAGGAAAAGAACAUCACCGUACCAGAAGACGAUAUCUACUAUGCCUGGUGUCAAGACUACUUGGCUGCCUGGUUCAAGGAAGGUAUGGAAGAAGGUAAGAUUUUGCUGGAUAGAGUUUGCCAAAUGACUGAGGACUGGGAUUCGUUGUGCAAGAUCUACGCGGCUGUUUGUGAACUCGAGACCCAAUUUUGGGACUCGGCCUUAGCUUACGAGCCCGAGCAGAAUUGA